AUGUCAAAUAACCAACCUCAGUUGAACGAUUCUUACUAUGGACCUGCAAUUCCAGCUGCACGAGGGCAAUCAAGCAACCGCCGCAUCCGUGGCGGUAGCGGUUGUUGCACGCUCUUUAGCUUUUUAUGGAAACUUCUAGUUGCACUUAUUGUCCUCUUCGGUCUCGUUAUCCUUAUCUUCUAUCUCAUUGUUCAACCGCGUCCCUUCAAAUUCUAUGUCACAAAAGCCCAACUAACUCGAUUCGACUACACAAACAACACACUACACUACAACAUGGUGCUCAACUUUACAGCCCACAACCCAAACAAAAAACUCAGCAUUUACUAUGACAAAGUUGAAUCUCAAGCAUUCUACGAAGGGUCGAGGUUUGCUAAUGUUGACAUGAUCACACACAUGAACUCGUUUCGCCAAUACAAGAAGAGCAGUGACCCCAUGAGUGGAGUUUUCGCAGGACAAAAGCUGUUGAUGCUCGAUAUUGAUCAAGUCUCUGAGUUCAACAAAGAUAAGAAUAUUGGAGUUUAUAAUAUCUACGUGAAGCUCUACUUUACCAUUAGAUUCAGACUUGGAGAUUCAAUAUCCAGAAAGUACAAACCUAAGGUCAAGUGCGACCUCACUGUACCUUUGAGCAACGAAAAUGGAACUGGAUUUACCUUUAUUCGACUUAUACCCACCAAGUGUGAUGUUGAGUUCUAG